AUUGGCCGCUGCCCGGCCCCGCCCCGCGCGCUGAUUGGGCGAGGCUCGUCCAGUGGGGUCCGGCCGCUGGCGAACUGCUACUUUUGAAAGUGCCGGUGCCGGCGGAGCGGGGAGAGCGGGCCGGGCAUGGCUUGCCCGCGGAGGACCAAGGAGAGGACACCAGUGCCGAGGGAGAGGACGCCGCUGCCCCACAACGCCAAGAUGCUGGCCACCAAGCAGACCAGAGCAGGCAAGGUGGGCCCCACAGUAGAGAAUGUUGACCCCGAGAAGGAGGAGAACUGUUACACCAAGAGAUCUUCAUCCUCACCCCAGGGCGGGCCCAAGAAGAGGUCGGCGUUCGGGGACAUCACCAAUGCUCGCAAGAACCAGGCGGUGGCAGGGAAGAAGGAGGCCGUGAAAGUGGCACUGCCUAAGGCACAGAAGGCACAGGGCACACUAGGGGUGGCCAAGAACAAUGAGAUCAACCUGAAAAAGUCAAUGAAGAAAACUCCCCCAAUAGCUCCUUCAGAGCCCGAGGUGGAUCCUGUACCAGAGAAACCGGUGCCUGUGCAGGAACUGAAGCCCCACAAGGAGAAGCAGGUACCAGCAGUGGAGGACAUCGACAAGGAGCAGCUGGGUGACCCCUAUGCCAAUGCAGAGUAUGCCAAGGAGAUCUUUGAAUACAUGCGGGAAAGAGAGGAGAAAUUCCUGCUUCCUGACUACAUGGAGAAGCAGCCGGACAUCACCGGGGACAUGCGUGCCAUCCUUGUGGACUGGAUGGUGGAGGUGCAGGAGAACUUUGAGCUGAACCAUGAGACACUAUACCUGGCUGUGAAGCUGGUGGACCACUACCUGGUGGAGGUGGUGAGCAUGAGGGAGAAGCUGCAGCUCAUCGGCUCCACUGCCAUCCUCAUUGCCUCCAAAUUCGAGGAGCGGUGCCCACCGUGCGUGGAUGACUUCCUCUACAUCUGUGAUGACGCCUACAAGCGGGAGGAGCUCCUGGCCAUGGAGAUGAGCAUCCUCAGCACCCUCAAGUUCGACAUCAACAUCCCCAUCCCCUACCGCUUCCUGCGGCGCUUUGCCAAGUGUGCCCGUGCCACCAUGGAGACACUGACGCUGGCCCGCUUCCUCUGCGAGAUGACACUGCAGGAGUACGACUACGCCCGUGAGAGCCCCUCAAAGCUGGCUGCCAGCUGCCUGCUGCUGGCACUUACCAUGAAGAACCUUGGGGGCUGGACCCCUACACUGGAAUACUACAGCGGGUACAGUGCCCAGGACCUGCAUCCCCUGGUGAAGAGGCUGAAUUUCCUGCUCACGUAUCAGCCCCGUGACAAACUGAACACCGUGCGCAGCAAGUACUCCCACAGGGUCUUCUUUGAGGUUGCCAAACUCACCCCCAUGGACAUGCUCAAGCUCGAGAAGGCACUCACUAGCUGCUAGUCCUACUCUGUAAAUAAAGCCUGUAAAUAACGGGGCGCCCUUGGGUGGUGGGGUACCAUGUACAUAAAUAAUAGUAAUUUUAACUGAAGAAGAGGGGAAAAAAAAAAAAAGUCAUGUGUAACUGUUAAUAAAAUGUGUUUGU